AUGUCCACUGGAUCGACGGAUAUCGAGAUUGCUCCCAGCGGCGCCGCUGCCGUGGAGCCGGCACGCCGUGUCCACGAGGCCCAGAAGACCAUGUGGCAGUCGCUGCGGAACAAUCCCAAGGUCCUCUUUAUUGCCUUCUUUGCCUCCCUGGGCGGUUUUGAGUAUGGCUAUCAGCAGGGUGUCCUGGGCCAGUCCCUGGUCAUGACUCGCUUCAAGGACAACUUCCCUGCCGUCGUCAACUCGUCUUCGGCCACCGGCUGGCUGACGUCCGUCCUCCAGCUGGGCGGCAUUGUCGGCUCGCUGUCCGCCGGUGUCCUGGGCGAGAUCAUCUCCCGCAAGUACACCAUGUUCAUCGCCUGUAUCUGGGUCAUCCUCGGCAGCUACCUCUACGUCGGAGCCCACGAGGGCAUGUCUUCGCUUCUGUACGCCGGCCGCUUCUUUACCGGUCUCGGUGUCGGCCUGUUCAGCGGUGUCGGCCCUCUUUACAACGCUGAGCUGUCGGCUCCCGAGAUGCGAGGUCUGCUGGUCUCCUUCUACCAGUUCGCCACCAUUCUCGGUAUAAUGCUUUCUUUCUGGGUCGGAUACUGCAGCAACUUCAUCGGCGGAACCGGCGAGGGCCAGACCAAUCUCGCCUGGAGACUGCCCUCCAUCAUUCAGGGAAUUCCCGCUGUCGCCCUCGCCAUCGGCAUCUGGUUCAUGCCCUUUUCACCCCGAUGGCUCGUCAAGGUCGGCCGCGACGAGGAGGCCAAGAAGACCAUGGCCUGGAUGCGAAAGCUUCCCGUCGACGACGAGCUCGUGCAGAUUGAGUACUUGGAGAUCAAGGCCGAGAGCCUCUUUGAGAGGCGUGUCUUUGAGCGAGAUUUGCCCAAGCUGGCGGCGAAGAACAGCAAUGCCUUUAUCGAGCAAUUCGCUCAGUACGCCAUGUGCUUGAACUCCAAGGACAACAUCAAGCGAGUCUUGACCGGCUUCUUCAUCAUGUUCUUCCAGCAGUGGAGACGCCUUUUAGUCAUCUACUAUGCUACCAACAUCUUCAUCACUCUGGGCUUGACUGGAGGCACCACCGCUCUGCUGGCUACUGGUGUCACCGGUGUCGUCUUCAUUGUCAGCACAGUGCCCGCCAUGUUGAUCAUUGACAAGGUCGGCCGAAAGCCCAUGCUGCUCGUUGGCUCCAUUGUCAUGGCUGUCAGCAUGGUUAUUGUUGGUAUCAUUGUUGCCAAGUUUGGCCACGACUGGCCUCACCACGUCGCCGCUGGCUGGAUCGCAGUUGCCCUCAUCUGGGUUUACAUUGCUGGAUUUGGCGCCACCUGGGGCCCGGUCUCUUGGACUCUCGUCUCCGAGAUCUUCCCCCUCUCCAUCCGAGCCAAGGGCGCCUCCAUCGGCGCCAUGAGCAACUGGCUCAACAACUUUGCCAUUGCCUUCUUCGUCCCUCCCAUGCUCGAGGCCUGGGCCUGGGGAACCUACAUCUUCUUUGCCGGCUUCCUCGUCGUGGGCAUCUUUGCCGUCUGGUUCUACCUCCCCGAGACCAAGAACGCGACGCUCGAGGACAUGGACCGCGUCUUCAAGAGCCGCACCGGCGAGAUUGAUGCCCGGCUGAUGAGAGAGGUGCAGGAGGAGGUUGGUCUGGUGGCUCUUGUUGAGGGCCGCGCAGCAGCACAGUAUGAGAAGAAGGAGAUUCACGAGUCGCAGAUUGAGAAGCUGUAA